AAGCCGGAGCUUUCAGACGAGUCAGUGAACGCAGCAUUGACUCCAGUGGGUCGGGCUUCAGACAGGAGGUCAUGACAAACAUGGCGUGGAGAGGAUGUGUAAUGAAAUGGGCCAAAACAGAGCUGACCAGAUCCACCAACACUACCUCACAGAGCUCCAGACUCAACUCCUGCAACCAACAGAGAUGUGGUUUCCGUCGGGAAGCCAAAAGGCCAGAUACAAAGAAAGGAAAUGUCACCCAAGAAACAAACCUCUCUGAGGCUGGCGCACCGGGUCCCCCACCUCCUCCCAAAGUCCCCAGACCGACCCUUUUCAAACCGCUGAUGUUCACAGUAGGGUUUACAGGGUGCUCCUUUGGUGCUGCAGCCAUUCUGCAAUACGAGACCAUGAAGUCGAGAGUUCAGUCUGCAAAAGAUGAAGAUGAGGCAGAAAACGUCUCACAGGGCUCCCAGGACAUGGCAUACUGGCAUGACUGGUGGAAACAGCUAUCAGGCUUCCAGCGACAGCUCAUCCUCCUGAUGUCCAUGAUGGACGACUUCUGGAGUAGCCUCACAGAAGGACAGAGGACUGUCACUGGUAUCAUUGCAGUUAAUGCUGUAGUCCUGUGUUGCUGGCGGAUGCCUUCGAUGCAAAGAAGCAUGAUUAAGUACUUCACCUCCAACCCAGCCUCCAAAACACGCUACCUUCCCAUGGUACUGUCCUCCUUCAGCCACUACUCUAUUAUCCACAUGGUGGCCAACAUGUAUGUCCUGUGGACAUUCUCCUCAGGAAUUGUCUCUCUCUUAGGGAGGGAACAGUUUCUCGCAGUCUACCUGUCUGCUGGUGUGAUUUCUACUAUGGUUAGUUACAUGUGUAAAGCAGCCAGUGGGCGCCUCUAUCCAUCAUUAGGAGCGUCAGGUGCCGUCAUGGCAGUACUGGCUGCAGUCUGUACAAAAGUGCCAGAGGCCAAACUAGGCAUAAUCUUCCUCCCUAUGAUCACUUUCACAGCAGGAAAUGCUCUGAAAGCGCUCAUCGCCAUCGAUACAGCAGGACUUGUUCUGGGAUGGCGGCUGUUUGACCAUGCAGCUCAUAUUGGCGGAGCCCUUUUUGGAGUGUGGUAUGUGACAUAUGGUCACAAACUGAUUUGGAGGAAGAGGGAGCCUUUCGUGAAGCUGUGGCAUGACAUGCGUUCUGCAGAUGCCGGUGGAUCCAAGCCAGGAGGUGGGCCUGGGGUCAGUGGUGGUAAUGGUGGCGGUGGACCUGGACCACAAUGAGGUCUCUUGGAUCCUUUUUGAAAGAACUAGAGUCCAGAGUUACCUCAGAAUAUGCAAGGACGCUUUUAUCCACCUAGGAGGAGUCAGAUGUUCUUGCUGAUCAGUAUAUAGUUUUUCAUUCAAGGUUAGUAAUGAGCUAACACUGAUGUAAUGGUGUUCAGACUUGAAAUUUGAAAAACAGGUCAGGCCUCACAGCUGGUGUUACAAUCCAGAUGCGUACUGUGUAGACUGACUGAGAACAUCUGCUGCCAUACAAGUUACACACUACAAGCAACUAAAUGAAAAUAUUGUCACUCUCCUACCUCUAAAUAAUUUGAAGAUGUUCAACCUUCAACCUCCAUGUCAGCCUUUUUCCUGUUUUUAUUGAGAGCAAUUGUAUAAGCAUGGACUGAAAUACCAGAGUGAUGCUACAAUUCAAGGAGUAAAUAAGUUGCCUAAUUUAAUGUAACGCACAGUUGGGCCGGUUUCAUGUUGCUAUUAAAAUGAGAGUUUCAACAAA